AUGCAAUCCGCUCCAAGCGGCUCGUCUCGCUCUCAGCGAAGUCCUUCGGCUCAACACAUUGCUGCCGGGUCUGCAGGCAGUGUCGACUCCGCCAUGACUUCGCAGUCAUCCGCACCACGCAGUUCCUCGAGUUCAGGUAGAUCUCAGUCCUCGAGAGCAGUUGUGCCCGAUAGGCAAAUCUCGCAGAUCGAGAAAAGUGUCACUCACCUUCUUGUCGCUACAAAACAACUGUUAGAGACGUUGACCCAGUGGUCCCGGAGACAAGCAUCCGAGAACGAAGUAUCAGAUGUCUACGUUCGGCUAGGAUACGAAUUCAACCUUGCCUGCCGUGCUUUCAACGCUAUUGGGGUCGACACCUCCGACCUAGGCCCCGUACCAGACCUUCUCCGCACGAUCCUCGAAGAUACCCUAAGCCAGGAUGCUUCUCCCCAGAGCCUCGAUCGAUAUCUCCCUCGCAUUCGUGACAUCAUCAUCAAUCUUCUCCAUGGCCUCAAGAAGAAGCAGGCUCGUUUACGUUCGCGGCAGCAGAAGGAGGAAAGCCGACCCUUGCCAGGCCGGCAAGCCAGUGCAGGCAGUGCAGCCAUAAAUCAAAUGUAUGAGGAAGCCGCGGCCUCGGUUACGUCGCCAAAGCGGCCGAAUGGUCGACGUUAUGGAAGUAAUGGGUCCCUCGAGGAGCAGUCGGGCGGAGGUCACGUCUCACCCACUGCGCAAUCCGCCAACGAGUCGCGAGGUGCUAGUUACUCGGAGCGAGAAGCGUCCAGGAGGGAAGCUCAGCAGAUUCUGUCCCAGCCGUCUCAAUCUGAUCCCGACACAGUGCCCAGGGUGGCCAUGCCUUUGCCAGACUUCUCUGGAUACCCCACUCCACCACCUCCCCCACCGCCUCCCAAACAGGACGACGCCUUGGGUGCUCUUCAAAGAAGCGGGGAAUUGGAACGACGGGCCUCCCGAAGAUUUUCCGCGUAUCAAAUACAGAAGCAUCUGGGCGCGUCGACGAACGGUGUCCCUGUACUGCCAACUCAAAAUUCUCCCGUACCCAAUCGUGGGCGGGACGUUCGUGAAUCUUUAAAUGCUGUACGCUUGCGCGGUUCUUACGUUCAUGGGAGACGACGGUCGACGAACCGUCCGCACGACGCUGCAACCCCGAGCAAAUCUACCAAACCACUUCCAUCUUCUAAUCUCGCCCACAGCAGCGAGGACGAGCCCGUCAAGGCCCGCACCACUCCACCUGCAGAUUCUCAUGCCGAUGGCCCUGUCGCCUCACAAGCACGCCCGGAUAAACCGCAACAACGUCUUGAGGGUACCACACCAAGCAGCCCCACGGUCGCCCAGCGACAGCCCACGCUUCCCCGGCCCAUCGAAGAACCGUCUUUGGCAGAGGCUUUUGAGCCCUCUAAAGAGUCUAUUCCGCCCAGUGAAGGCGCGAGUCCGGGGACGCCAGGCUCUGUAAAUCGACAUACUUCUACCGGUGUGUCGACGCCGCCACGGACCUCGCAGUUUGGCUCUGAGCAAGCAUCUCCAGGGAAGGAGCUCACAUUAUUCCUGCAGUACAAAAGCAAGAUCAAGAAAUAUGUCCUCCCGGAAGGAUAUAGUGGCUUGACUAUUGGGAGAUUACAGCUCGCAUUCAUCGAGAAGUUUGCUUGGAACACGCACAAUAAUGGAGCUGAUCUGCCAGAGAUUUACAUCCAAGAUCCCAUCUCGGGCGUUCGGCAUGAGUUGGAGGACCUCAGUGAUGUCAAAGACCGAUCUGUGCUUGUGUUGAACGUGGAUAUACUUGACGAAGUCAAGAAACACUUUGAUGACGAGCUUGGUGGAGUCCGUCGAAUGAUCGAGGGCGUCAAGGGCUCCCUAGAAGGACAAGAAACCAUAAUUCAACGCGUGUCAGACCGUCAACUUGAAGCAGCAAAGGAGAUAGCACGCUUGGCCGCCGCGCCUCCCGUGUCCAUUUCUUCUCCUUCUCAGGCAGGCACAGCGCGCACGGGUCCAAUCAUUGGUAGUGGCAGCCAACUUGCCGAGCUUCAGAGCUUGAAGCGUGACCUUGCUGUGCUGCGGCAGACGUACUCCAGCUUUUCUUCGGAUAUCGCAAGCUCGAUGACCGCGAUCCGUACCAAGGCGAACAGUGUCAAGUCUGCGGCGGUGGAUAUAUCCGUGCCGUCCUACGAGGGAGAUGCCGGCCGUAGCCGUGUCAACUCUGGCAAGAAAGAGCUUGCGGACGAGUCAGAACGGCUUGUUGGACGCGUGGAUGAUCUCCAGGAUCUGGUGGAAGAUCUACGCAAAGAUGUGGUGUCGAGAGGCGUCCGACCACUUCCCAGGCAGCUCGAGAGCGUGAGCAAGGAGAUUAGCGCCGUCACCAAGGAGGUGAAGAAGAUGCAAGACUUCCUGAAGCGGGAGAAACCGGUCUGGACGAAGAUUUGGGAAAAAGAGCUGCAGCUGGUCUGUGAGGAACGUGAUCAGCUCACGAUGCAGGAGGAUCUGGCUGCGGACCUGGAGGAUGAUCUUGAGAAGGCUGCUCAGACUUUCGCUCUGGUUGAGCAGGCAACGAAGCAGCAGUCGUUGCAGCAAAACGCUAAUGGCGGUGUUCCCUUGCGAAACACCUCGCGAAAUGUGGGGAGUGGCCCCGCCAUUGACCCCAUGAAGGCCAAGGAUGGUGUCCUGGGCGAAGUUCGCGCGCUGCAGCCCAACCACGAGUCUCGACUUGAAGCGAUUGAGAGGGCAGAGAAGGCUCGGCAGAGGGAGCUGGAGAACCGUCGAAUCGGGCUGUUCCAGAAGGAGCUCGGAGCAUUCGUUGAAGAGGGCAAGUUGAAGAAGAGCGGCGGAGUUGAAGAGGCCGAAAGACAACGCCGGGUCAAAGACGACCGCAUUCGCAAAGAGGUUUGGGAGAGACAACAAGCCCGGGCAGCCGAAUUAGAAAAAGCCGAAGCAGAGUCGGCGGCAGCAACGGCGGCAUCUGCGGCAGACGAGUCCGAGGAGCCCGGCGAAGCUGAAUUUUCUACGGCCAAAGAAUCUGCAGAAGCUACUGAUAAGACUGCGGAAGACGGAGAAUCCCCGGCCAGGGAUGAGGCGAGAUCAUCAUCUACAGAGCCGACUCCAGCAGAAGACGAAACGGAGCCCAAGCGGGAGGAUACAAAAGAGGAUGAUUCGGCGACAAACAAAGACCCAAGAGAUUCGGCAGCGUCCUAA